AUGAAUAGCUCUCCCUCCGACCGACCUCCAAUGAGACGAACGAGAAUAGUUUGCAUCAGUGACACCCACAAUUGCACAGUCAAACUGCCCAAGGGUGACGUUCUUAUCCAUGCAGGCGACUUGACAAAUCAAGGUAGUCUUUCAGAGCUCACCAAAGCAAUUCAAUGGCUAGAAAAAGCCGACUUUGAGUCCAAGGUCGUCAUUGCCGGAAACCACGACAAGGCCGUGGACCCGGCUCCAUCUUCCGAGUCUUCCCAGCACCAAGCCCUCUCUCCAGAAUCCUGCCACUUCCAUAACCAAUCCCUGCCCAAUCCAAAAGAGUGUCUAUCUGUUCUUGCGACUCACGGCCCAUCAAUAACCUAUCUACGCCAUGAGUCUGCUGAGAUCAAGCUCACGCACCCAGCGGGGCCCAGGACAAAGUUCAAAGUAUUUGGAAGCCCUGGGACUCCUGGACUUGGAGAGAAGUGGGCGUUUGAGUAUGAGAGGGAUGUGAACGAUCCGAGUCGUGCGAGAUAUCCACGCCAAGAAAAUGGAGCAGUCGCCACGGAGAUCAAGUCUGGUAGUCAAUCCAACCCUGAAAAGAAAACCGGCAGCUCUGGUUCACGAUCACACUUCUCGCCCAUUUUGAGUUCCAUCUCCGCCAAAGAAAUCUGGUCCUCCAUCCCUCCAGAUACUGACAUCCUCGUGACGCAUACGCCUCCCUACGGACACUGCGACCUUGGUGUCGUCCGCGGGUCAGACGGGUCAGACGACGGCCCUUCGCCCGCAAAAACUGGAGUGACUGGAGGGGAAGAAGCAGAGACAAAAACAGAGAGAGACCGACAUCUAGGCUGCCACUCCCUCCUCCAACGCUUAUCAGUUGUUCGACCAAGACUACACGUCUGUGGGCAUGUACAUCGCGCAAGGGGGGCUGAAAGGGUUCGGUGGUCACCAGUCUCGUCUCCUUCCGCUUCUGUUUCAAAGGGAAUGGAAGAUGAUGGUGAAAUAGGAUGGAUAGAGUCCACAACAGAGAAAUGGACGGAUCCAAGCCCCGAUCCAAAGUCAGGGAAGAUCAGUUUGGUUGACCUGACGGGUCGUGGUCGUGAGGAAGGAAGCGGGAAAUUAGACUGGGUUGACGUCGACACCGUGAUUGGUAAGUCAACAGGAGGAAGAAAAGGACGAAAGGAGACGUGUGUGGUUAACUGCGCGAUUUUGGCAAGCAAUUAUCCUCAUGUGGGAGGAAAGAGGUUUCACAAGCCGGUGGUUGUGGAUUUGGAGUUACUGGUUUGUGAGGAGAGUCAAGAUUGUUAG